ACAUCUAGCAUAUCAAACUGUGAUGCCAUGCUAGGUGUAAUAAAGCAAAGGAGAGAUGUUGUACCGAGAAUACAGCACUACUAUCAAGAAAUCGUCCCCAUGUAUUCAUUGGAUGACUUCAAGAGUCACUUCCGUCUCUCUCGUCACUCUUUCCAAACACUGCUAGUGCAGAUGGAGAAAGCGCCAACGUUUAAUCGAGCAAAUGGCCCGUCAGUGAAUACUGAGAAGGAACUUCUGAUGUUCCUGUGGUAUGUUGGUAAUCUGGAAUGCUUUCGAUCUAUGGCAGACAGGUUUGGCGUUUCCAAAGGAUCAUUUCAUGCAAGUGUGAAGAGAACAUCGUCUGCUCUAGUUCAAGAUAUCAUGGCUGAAGUUAUUCAGUGGCCAAGGAGUAAUGCCAAGCUGAGAGAGACAAGUGUUGGUUACAGUCAGUUAUCAGAGCUUCAAGGAGUUAUUGGUUCAAUCGAUGGUUCACAUAUUGCAAUAAAGGCACCUUCAAAACACGCUCCAGCAUAUUAUAACAGAAAGCAGUUUCACUCCUUGGUAUUACUUGCAUGCUGUGAUGCAAACAACUGUUUUACCUACGCUUGGACAGGAAACCCUGGGAGCACGCAUGAUGCUACAGUACUCAGAACAUCAGACCUAUUUCAACAGGCCGAAAACUUAAUACCACCUGGAUUCUAUCUUCUCGGUGACUCAGCCUUCCCCCUGAAGCGUUGGCUCAUUACACCAUUUCGAAAUUUUGGUAACUUGACCCGUCAGCAAAACCACUUUAACACUACACAUGCAAAGGCUCGUGUUGCUAUUGAAAGAACCUUUGGGCUACUGAAAUGCAGGUUUCGUAGACUUCUCAGAUUCGAAGCAUCAGAUAUGAAUAUUAUCGUUGACACUAUUUUGUCAGCAUGCAUCUUACAUAACAUUUGUGUGAAAGAUGGAGAUGACAUGUUUGAUGAUAUGGUAGAUGACAACUGUUUCGACAACAGUGGAAGGGUGGCUAGACAAUGCGACGACUUGUCAGGCAUACGUUUACGGCAGGAAUUGAUUCAACAAUUACAAGCAAAUUAGAUGACUAGAACUUUAAUUGCAAUGAUCAACGUGAUGAUAACAACAACAACAAGAAACAAUAAUAUCAACUUAACUAGAACACUCUGUGAUUUCUGGACGGACAGACUCAAGCUAAUUAAUAAACUAUUUUAUAGGGCACACACAAAUGUUGUGUGGCAUCAGAUAGAACAUGCCUAACUCUUUACAUACAACAUAAAAUACUGGUCGAGUUGAAUUGGUUAUAUGAACAUUUGACAUACGUUUGUAUUUUAUCCACAGAAAUAAAUACCACUUUGACUAGAAAGGGUUUUAAUUUGGUGUUCUUAUAAGAUAAUACCGAGGUCAAAUUGGGUCACAAAUGUGGCCUCUAGAGUGUAAACAUCAACAAGUUGCUCAGGUGAGCUAAAACGCAUCAACAAUAUCACACAAUUAUAACACAAAUGAUAGAAAUUAAGAUGUUUUAUAACCUAUAAAACAGAAUUUCAAACUGCAUGUCUCUGCAGAAAAUAAUUAACUUAAAAUGUUACUGUAGGCUGAACAACAUAUCUCUGCCAAGGCCUUUAAUAAUAAAUCAUCAUUUCUAAAAACACGUGCCUCAUUUACAUUUUAAAAAUGGCAUCAACUUGUGCUUAAGAGCACAAUUUUAAUAGUACAGCGUGUAUUCAGUUAGUUAUAGUUUCUCAAUAAGCUUCUCCAUUAAUUUAUUUUGUUUUUCGUUCAUAGAGCCGAGAGCUUGUAUAAAUCUUUCAUCGCGCUCUUGCAUGUAUU